CCUCCCUUUUUUAGUACUUAUAACCAGCAGACAGCCUUCCAAAAAAAGCAGAAAAAUUCACUCAGAGGCUGUUUCUUAUCUAGCUCAGUCACAGGAAGUGGGGGACACAGAGAGUACACUGUGGGUCAUUUUCCUUUUUUUUUUUUAGAGGACAGUAGGAAUAAUACACUCCUCAGUUUACUCCCAUCAACAGCCUCCAUCACCACAGUGAACGUCCUUCGAUUUCUCCUGUGAAAGGUAGAAAAUUAGCUACUAAAAUGGGAUGCUCUGGAUUCCUCAAAGCCAUGAUGGUGAUUUUCAAUGGCAUUAUCUUCUUGGCGGGUGCUGCCGUCCUGGGCGUUGGGAUCUGGGUGAAGGUGGACAGCGGCUCCGUCCUCAACUUUAUGGGGAAAAUAGAAAAUGCACCUGCAGAGCUCCGUCAGGUGCUCAAUGUGGGCUACCUGCUGAUAGCUAUAGGAGCUGUGCUGCUGGUCAUCGGUUUCCUGGGCUGCUGUGGAGCCAUCAAGGAGAGCAAGUGUAUGCUGCUGCUGUUUUUCACCAUAGUCUUGGUGGUCUUCAUAGCGGAGGUUGCGGGAGCAGUGGUGAUUUUGGUAUUCAGACCCUUGGCAGACGAGUUGUUCAGCAAGUUUGGCGUAGCAGCAGUUCAGAACAUCCGUAAGGACUAUGGGAAAAAUCCUGACGUCACCGGACUCUGGAAUACUACCAUGAGCACGUUGCAUUGUUGUGGAUUCUACAACGCCUCAGACUUCGUGGGCUCUCCGUAUUAUGCAGAUAAUGGCCAGCUAUUCCCACCACAGUGCUGUUCGGGCUUUGUUGUUAAGUGUAACCAAGUGGCAGUAGAAAGUGACAAGAACAUCACGGGUUGCUUUCCAAAGAUCAAAGAGCUGAUCGAUGACAACGCGGUGGUUAUUGUCGGAGUGGCCCUGGGAAUUGCAGCUCUGGAGAUAUGUGCCAUGGCUGUUGCUAUGAUCCUUUACUGCAGAAUAAAAUCCAGGGAGGACUAACUGCAAAUGGGAAAAGGAUCGGUCUAAUCACUGGAGCGUUUCUACUUCCUUUAUCCCCUCUAGAGGAAUGAAGGGCUAUGCUUUCAUUUUGCUAAAAACGCCUAAGACAGUCAAUGUCAGAUCUUGUGCAAUCAGAACGACUGAAUGAUAUAACAAAUCUAUUUUUACUACAUUUAAAUCUAUCUAAUAGAUGCCGCACAUGAAUGAUCUAUUUCCGAAAGAACUUUGUAAAAAAAAAGCUUCACAUACUGCCUACUUUACCAAAAAUACUGUAAACAUCAUCCGUGUCACUACUGUACCUGCAACACAUGGGCGGUUGAUGAGGAAUCGCAUAUCUUUUACUGUGAUAAUGAAACAAAGGCUGGCAUGUUGCACGCAGGAUGCAGCUUGUGAAAUAGCAACAGGAACUCUAUUAUUCUACAGUAUGUAUGUUUGUAUGUUGUGUGGUGAUCAAUUUUGAAAUAAAUUAUAAAGUAUUUCUAUGUCA